AUGAGGGAGAGUUGUGUCACUGAGUGCAAAUGCCACCAAAAGCAGCUAAAAGGGUCUCAGACAAAAAGCCCAACGCUUCUGGAGCCGCAGUUGUCAGUAAGAACUGGGAGGCUGGACUCACCAGAGCACCGUUUGAAGAGGAGUCAUGGCAAGCCUGUGUGUCCCUCACCUGUGGGACCUUCCAAGGAGAAGAAGACCAAGUUAAAACGCAGGGAUGAUGUUGAGCCUCCAAAGUUCAUAGAUGACGAACCACAGGAUGGUCCUCAACACUACGUGCUGAUACUGGGAUUCUUCCAGCCCCACCUGAUCGGAGCGCUUGAUGCCAUAGGUGUACAUGUAGACAAUGUCAUUAAAUUGUGUUCGGAGGGACAGCAGGAAAACCCCCCCUGUGGGGGCCAUGAGCAGAGUCUGAGCGCACCUCCGAUUUUGGAUGCAGAAGCAGAGGUUCAUGGUCAUGUAGAGUUGGCUCUGCAGGCCAGGAAGUUGGAUGUAUUCUGGUCCGGUCUGAGACCGGUGUUGGACAGCAGGCCACAUGAGUCCAAGCUCCAUGAUGUGGUUCAGCUCAGCUACACUGUCCCAGGUCUCUGGCCUGCCUUCCAAACACAGGACCCUGAGGCUCAGCUGGAGAUGGGAAGCCGAAUCUUUGAGGGUGUGGCCAAUCUCAUCUAUGACUGUUUGGACUGGCGCAGGCAAUAUCAGCGCUACCUGGACAACAUCCAACUCUUCAUUGUACCCACUGUUCUGUUGGAUCCACAGCCUACAGAGUUCAAAACCCAAAGAUAUUCACUGACCCUCAUCAUUUCUCUGGAUAUUGCCCCCUCCCCUGGUGUUUUUGUUUCUUCCUAUAAUGGCCCUAAUAAGCUGUCAUAA